AUGUUCAACGUACUCAAGGGUUUUGAUGCUCAAGCAGCAUCAAACUACAUCAACCCCUAUGCUGUGGAUGUAAUACGGGCAAAGAGAAGGGAUCUAGUUUAUGGGAUCUCACAUACUGAGGAUCUACUGGAUCUUCUCGUCACAGAGGGGGUCAUGACAGCAGCGAAGAGAUCAAUCGUGUUGACCAUCAGGACUCGCAAAGAUCAAAACUCCAGGGUCCUGGACAUUCUGGAGGCCAAAGGUGAAAGGGCAUGUCGGAAAUUCUUCCAUCCUUGUCUCAUGCUGGCAGAACCCGACCUCUACCAGCGAAUCAAGACCUAUGUGGGUGGUGUGAAUGAGCGAAUUCGAGACACAAGGAGACAGCUGAUAGGAUAUUUGCUGGAGAGGGACCAGGAGGGGAUGGAUAAAAUGACUGAUAGAAUUAUCACUCAGAAGACUCAUUAUUUAUUUGUCUCCAAAGAAACUAAAAAAUGUAGCCCUGAAAAGGAAGACAGAAGCCCUGUACCAAAAUCAGAGGAGCAUAAACCAGCACAAAGUAAACCAGACAAUCUCAUCCACCUGAUUGCUACAGAUGGGGAGCUAGCACUGCUGGAGGAGCUGUUAGAAGACACUGAUAUUAACAUCAUGAAUUCCUCCCAUGAGACUGUGUUACAUUUAGCUGCUGAGUUCGGUCACCUGUCCAUCAUCGAGCUCUUGAUCCGUAAAGGAGCCAGAGUGGACCUGCAGGAUAAUAAGGGUCGCACAGCUCUUCAUAGAGCGGCCAGAAGGGGUCACAGUGAGAUAGUCUGGGCCCUCGCACAGGCGGGGGCCCCCAUCUACACUCUGGAUCUACAGGACAAAACCCCUGUUCACCUGGCAGCGGAAAAUGAGCACCUGAACUCUGUGAAAGUCCUGGUGAAGGAGGAGAAAAAGCAGUCAGAGAGCUGCACGCAGGAAAUGUUUCUUCACAUGGCAGCCAUGGAAGAUAACUGGAGGCUGGCUGAGAUGCUGCUGCAGAGCGGGGCCGCAGUCGAUGCCAGAAACAACCAUGAAAAAACAGCUCUGUUUUACGCAGUUUCCAGGAACAAUGAGAAAACAGUGACUGUCCUUCUAAGCGCAGGGGCUAAAGUUGACUACGAAGUUAUAAACAAGGCCAUUAAGCUCAAUGAAGAAUCAAUUCUUCGUCUACUGCUUGAUAAUGUCAGAGCUCUGGGUGAAGAAGGGCUGGGCUGUGCUCUCUACUCGGCUGUUAAAAAUAACCAUGAUGGAGUUGUAAGCAUCCUCAUAGACAGCGGAGCAAAUGUGAACAUGUUAGACAAAGAGGGGUACACUCCUCUUCUAUUGUCAGCUGAGCUGGGGCACACAGAAGUCUUCAGAGCACUGUUGGCAAAACAGGCCAAACUGGAUGCUACUUUAUCCGACCUCUCCUCAGCGCUACACCUGGCUGUCCAUGGUGGCAGUGUACCCAUUGUGCAGACAUUGCUGGAAAGGGGAUUAGACCCCAACAUUACUGGACCCAAAGCCCAAACCCCUCUACACCUGGCAGCCAAGUGCAAUAGGCCAGAAUGUGUUGAUCUGUUGUUAAGAGCUGGAGCACAGGUAAAUGCAGUAGCCCAGGAUGGGCUGACCCCUCUACAUAUUGCCAGUCAGCAAGGCCAUGCAGGCCCAGUGAUCCAGCUUCUUCAAGGCAAGGCAGACACAGGAGUCAAAGACAAGGUGGGGAGGACUGCCUUGCACUGGGCAGCCUCUUCCCAGGGAGAAAGCUAUGUGGUAGACUUGCUGCUGUCGGCCAAAGCCAACCCAAACACCACUGAUAACAAGAAAAAAACUGCCCUCCACCUGGCUGCUGUGGAGGGGAAAGUAGAUGCUGUGACCUCACUAUUGUCCCACAGGGCAAAGGGAGGGGCUAAAGACAUAGAUGGCUCCACACCUCUCCAUUACGCAGCAGCUGGUGGGCAUGCCAGCGUGGUUUCAACUCUUCUACAGUUACUCAACAACAAGGGGAUAGAGGAGAGGAACGCAUGGAGGAAAACACCACUUCAUGCUGCAGCUGAGAAGGGCCACGAUAGUGUGGCGGCUCUGUUCUUGGAGGCCGGAGCAAAGAUCAACAGCACAGAUCACAGUAAAGACACUCCUCUGCACUGUGCUGCACGAGGUGGACACCAGGAGGUAGUGAAGAGGCUUGUAAACUGGGGCCAAGCUGAGCACACAGGACAGGGGAAGAAGGUGAAUCUGCAGGCUACCAAUAAUGUGGGGAAGACGCCACUGCAGGUGGCAGAGAGUGGAGACACACCAGAGCACGAGCACAUUGUAAAUUUACUCAUGAGAAAGAUGUUUCUUAUUAAGUAA